AUGACUGAAACCAUAAACAUUGCGUCAUUGGCCAUCAUGUGCGAAGGCAAGGAUAUCAAGCCUUUUCCCCUCGAUCCAGCGCCUCCUCCCUAUUCUCCAAGAUGUGAAGAACUUCAGCGAAUGCGUGAUGAACUUGAUGCUGCUCGAAGAUGUCUAGCUGAAAAGGAUGAAAAAAUGUGUAAACUAAGUCGUAUCCAAGAUACAGUAGAUGCUGAGGUUCAGGAAUUGACAGAGAAACUGUUUCAGGAAGCAUACAAAAUGGUUAAUGUAGCUGAAGAGAAACGGGAAAGAGCUGAAAAACUGCUGGCCGAAUCUCGAUUACAGGUGGAUGUUCUCACAGCUGAAGUUGCCGCUCUGAAAGUUCUUGUGCAAGCACCCGGAAUGGGUAGAAACCAUUUUCAAAACACAUCUCCUGAACACAAAUCGGCUUUGGCCAAAUUGUUUUCUUCCAGUUCGAAUUCCUCAACAAAGAAAACAGCAUCAUCGUCGUCUACGACGUCAAAAAAAUCAAAUUCGCUGCCAUCCUCGUUACAAGAGAAUCGUGAGAAAGAGAGGGAUGCUGAACAAAAAGAAGCUGAUGCCGUAGAAGAAGUUGAUCCUAUUCUUUUUGGAGAAUUUGCUUCAUGGAGAGAUGCAGGACAUCCAGCUGCAAAUCAUCCAUUCGUUGACAGAAUUCAAUUGGAAGAAGUUGGUCCUUGCAUGGAAUUCAAGAACAAGCAGCUUUCCGAUGGAGUAUUAGAUUCGAUGGCUUCGAACAUGCUCGAAGUAGAGCCAGUAAAUGAAGAAAAACCAUCAGUGAAAACUUGUGCUCUCACCCAAGUUUCUAGAUUCUGUCCUUACCGAGUUAGGACAUCAUCCGAUUCAGAAUGGCACCAGAUAUCUUUAUUAGCGAGAAAUAGGUUGGCGGCAGUUUGUGAUUAUUUUACAUUUCUGCGAUAUCUUCAUCUCGGUUUAAUUAAAUCUGGAAUGCGUGAUUCUUACUUCGAUCUCAUAACUCUUCGGAAAAACAUGUCGCUUGCGAAGUUAGGUUUAGGAUUUGUUCCUAAAACAAACCUCCGUCCUUCAAUGUAA